AUGUCCUUCCCCGUGUUCCUAAUCGAGUCCGUGGGAUUUCCCCCGAAACCACCACGCCAUCGUGGUCGAAACGUCACAAGCCAGAGGCGGCUGCAUCUUCCAGAAAAGGACCCUUUGUUUCUGGGAAAGAAGCGACUCGGUUGGGUGGCGGCUGGGAAUAUGGAGCGUGUCGGUGGGAUUUGCAAGUCGAAUCCUGCGCCUGAGAAGCAAUUUGAGGGUGCUAAGAAGAUCAGUACGUAUCCGGUUAGGAGGUGUCAGGAAUGGACUACUGAAACGAUUGAGCUGUUGAAGAGUCAUGGUGUGCUGGUUGAUGAGGGUGCUGAUGAUGUAUGGACGGAGUCUUGA